CUGUCCCAAGGAGCGCAUCAACCCGCAUGCUUGCAAGAACUGCAAGCAGGAGGGUCACAACGCGAAGGAUUGCCCCGAGCCCCGCUCAGCUGAAGGCGUCGAGUGCCGCAAGUGCAACGAGACCGGUCACUUCUCUCGAGAUGUAUGUUUCUCCACACAAGCACGUUGAUGCUUCCUACUGACAGCAACAGUGCCCCAACGUCGAGGCUCGUGGUCCUAGGACUUGCCGCAACUGUGGCUCCGAAGACCACAUUGCGAAGGAGUGCGACCAGCCUCGUAACCCCGACACUGUCACUUGCCGCAACUGCGAGAAGCUGGGUCACUUUUCGCGUGACUGCCCUGAGCCAAAGGACUGGUCGAAGGUCCAGUGCCAGAACUGCCAGGAGUUCGGUCACACCAUCAAGCGCUGCAAGGCUCCUAUUGCUGAGGCCGAUACGAUGGGUGGAGGUGGUCCUGUUGAAGCGACUGGUAACUGGGGAGCUGGAGACGACACCGCCGCCGCGGGUGGAGGUGAGGCUACCUGGGACACUGGUGCUGGAGGAGGAGGUUGGUAGAUGGUGCAGCUCGCGCCCACACCACCGUCCAGUGCAACUGCUCCGCCACGACUGCAGGUCUAACAAUGCUUUCCAUCAAGAUGGGAUGAAAAUCGGGGUAUGACACUCCUGCUCGCUAUCAGUUCGAGUGUUUCAAAACCGGAAGGUACAGAUAGUACAUGAGCAAAUAAAAGCUGUC